CAAGGAUGACAUCCGAUAUCUCAAGAGCGCUGAUUCCUAUAAAAUGCAUGGAGGAUUGAGUUUGCUUCGGCGUCAAUUUGGCAUUACUUGCGCAACUUACUGCCCAAACACAGUGGCCAUUGCAUCUAGCAUCUCCUGCAAGAACUACCCUCACCAAGGUUUCCACCACAGCGUCGCAAAAAUGUCCAAUUUCGACAAAUUCAACGGCAAUACGGCUGAUAAGCCGCCCAAGAAUGAAAUGGUCUAUCUUCCUGGUGUGAUGUCGCCCAAUCGGAAGUUUGGAGUUUUCCGCAAAGUUCUACAUACAGGCUUGUACUCCCAAUUCGUUGCUAUGGAAGUACCAGUGAAUGGAGAAAUUGGAGAUGAGAUUCACACUGUCGACCAGACGCUCAUCUUCACGCACGGCAAGGGAAAGGCUAUCGUCGCUGGAAAGGAGCAGGAGAUCAAGGAGGGCGAUGUGGUCAUCGUUCCCGCAGGUACCCAGCAUCAAUUCCUUAACAUUGGCGAUGUCCCCUUGGAAGUGGUGACAAUCUAUGCGCCUGCCGAGCAUUAUCCGAAUACCAUGCACCAAACCAAGGCAGAAGGAGAUGCACAGGAAGAAAAGGGCGAAGAUGAGGCCCCGGAGUGGAGUCAGCGAAGCAAGGCCGAAAAUGAGAAGCUGGGGCUAGUGAAGGGGGAGUGAGCGUCUAUAGAACUACAUCAGGCAUGUGACGCCCGUAGUCUCGUCUUCGUGUUCCAGGCGACAACUGUAUUUAAUGAUGUCUGAUCAAUCGUUACUUAUGGCAUAUUUCGAAUUAAUGCA